AUGACAAAAAAUUAUACUUCUAUUAAUAACUAUGUAUCUGCCGAUGGAAUACGAUUAGUUGAAGGUAUUUAUGAAAAAAGGAGAUUCUAUAUAUGCAUCUAUGGCCAGACAGGUGCUGCUAAUGCUUAUGACGACGUUGGAGAGGAUCCUAAUGAUCUUCAUCUCAUGUUUCAUGCUGACUACAACUUUAUAAAUUCAGGAGCUUUAUUUGGUUUUGAACGCGAUAGUGACAGACUUAUAUUAAUAGUAUGGUUCAAAGAAGAAAAGUACUAUGUGCAUUAUGAUGACUAUGAAGGAGAUACUUUGCUUAUAAAGGAUAAGCCCGAAGAUCCAUUGUUCAUUACGCCAAUGAAAGAUCAGUCUUAUACUUAUUAUGGAGAUAUAGUACUGUUCAACAUAGGGAACAACAAGUCACAUUUUGAAAUAAUGUCAGGUGGGGCUUACUGGAUGAUCAAGAGUUGUCUUAAAGGUGAAGAUAAAAGUGCCAUAUUUCAAUUCAUAUCAAAGUAA